AACCAAUGAAGCUAGCCAUCCGCAAUCCAAAUGAUGAUGACUGCACGACAGUUUCUCCAGUCUACCGUUGAACAACCUACUUCCGGCUCCGCAGCUGAUAUUCAUCUAGCCAUCCGCAAUCCGUAUAAUGAUGACCACAAGACUGUUUCUCCAGGUAAAGCCAAAGAGGGUAUAUGUCCUCCCGAAGUUACCUACGAUACUGCACCCCCUCAAAAUAAUUUUCGGUUCCAGUCUACCGUUGAACAACCUACUUCCGGCUCCAUAGCUGAUAUUCAUCUAGCCAUCCGCAAUCCGUAUAAUGAUGACCGCAAGACUGUUUCUCCAGGUAAAGCCAAAGAGGGUAUAUGUCCUCCCGAAGUUACCUACGAUACUGCACCCCCUCAAAAUAAUUUCUGGUUCCAGUCUACCGUUGAACAACCUACUUCCGGCUCCGUAGCUGAUAUUCGUCUAGCCAUCCGCAAUCCAUAUAAUGAUGACCGCAAGACUGUUUCUCCAGGUAAAGCCAAAGAGGGUAUAUGUCCUCCCGAAGUUAUCUACGAUACUGCACCCCCUCAAAAUAAUUUUCGAUUCCAGUCUACCGUUGAACAACCUACUUCCGGCUCCGUAGCUGAUAUUCAUCUAGCCAUCCGCAAUCCGUAUAAUGAUGACCGCAAGACUGUUUCUCCAGGUAAAGCCAAAGAGGGUAUAUGUCCUCCCGAAGUUACCUACGAUACUGCACCUCCUCAAAAUAAUUUUCGGUUCCAGUCUACCGUUGAACAACCUACUUCCGGCUCCGUAGCUGAUAUUCAUCUAGCCAUCCGCAAUCUGUACAAUGAUGACCACAAGACUGUUUCUCCAGGUAAAGCCAAAGAGGGUAUAUGUCCUCCCGAAGUUACCUACGAUACUGCACCCCCUCAAAAUAAUUUUCGGUUCCAGUCUACCGUUGAACAACCUACUUCCGGCUCCGUAGCUGAUAUUCAUCUAGCCAUCCGCAAUCCGUAUAAUGAUGACCGCAAGACUGUUUCUCCAUGUAAAAGUCAACUCAAAAUGUACUAUCAGAACGUGAGAGGACUACGCACAAAGAUCGAUGAGCUGUUCGUAGCUGUAUCCGACGCAGAACAUGAUGUCAUUAUCCUGACAGAAACAUGGCUGAACGACGAAAUCAACUCGCUGCAGCUAUUCGGACCUAGAUAUUCGGUAUAUCGUAACGACCGUGACCCGAUCGCUGCUGGUAAAAAAAGGGUGGUGGUGUACUUAUAGCUGUUUCCAAUCGGUUAGCAUCUAAACAAAAGAGUUAUGACAAUAGAGGUCUAGAACAACUCUGGGUAAACAUUAAUAGCCAGGGUACUAACACAUGUGUGGGCGUCGUAUAUCUUCCUCCGGACUCCGCAGAUAACAUAAACGUUAUUCAAAAUCACAUUCAAUCUGCACUCGACAUCGCCAAUUCGCUAGAACCCCAAACCUCUCACUUGUUAUUCGGAGAUUACAACCAGCCUGGUCUUGUGUGGAAAAGCACUUCCUUCGGCUACGCCUAUGCCGACCCCUCUGACUCAUCCCUUUCGAGAUC